AUGAGCAGUUUUUUCCAUCGAUCAAAAUCCAGAUCCAAUUCUCUCUACAAUAGUGACAGCAGUAAUCGAUCAGUAGCAACAACAACAACAACAACACUAUCGCAACAACAAAACGACCCGUUUGUCACCCAUGAACCAAAACUUGGUCCACCACACCAUUAUUCUCCAGCAAGCGUGCAUCCCCCAUUAGACGGGUCGCAAUGGUCUAUGCUUGCAGCGCUACGUUGUCACAUCAAUGGUAUUAUGCUUCCUACGGAUCAUCCAUAUUAUCCGAAUGAAAAGGCGUUUUUAACAGACGCGACGCUAAGACGGCAUCUGCAUGCACGCAAAUGGGAUUUCGAGUCUUCUAAAUCAAUGCUUGAAAGUACAAUUCGCUGGCGCCGCGAUUAUCGGCCUGACCAGAUUGAUCCAGAGUAUGUCAAGCCAGAGGUAGAAAGUGGCAAAAUGUAUUUUAACGGGUUCGACACAUGUGGGCGACCUAUUUGGAUCAUCCGACCAAGAUUACAGAACUCCAAAGAUGAAGAAAGACAAACAAAGCAUAUCAUAUUCUGUCUCGAACGAGGAAUUCGGCUCAUGCCUUCUCAUGUAGAUACGAUCGCAAUCAUUGUUGAUUUCAAGGGUGCUGCAUAUUCGCAUAGUCCGAGUAUUGCAACGUGUAAAAGGUUUUUGAAUAUACUAGGAGACCAUUAUCCGGAGCGAUUGGGUAUCGCAUUUGUUGUAGACUCGCCAUGGUUCUUUUUUGCAACGUUCAAAGUGAUAUCCCCAUUUAUGGAUCCUCAAACCAGGGCCAAGAUCAAGUUCGUAUAUGAUAAAAACAACAAAAAGACAUCAUCAUCAUCAUCAUCAUCAAACAAGGAACAGCAGCUUGAAAGUCCUUCGGCCGAAGUUAACGCGCAAUGGGUUCACUUGGAGGAUUAUAUUUCGCCGGAUGCGCUAGAAACCGAGUUUGGUGGAAACCACAGCUUUGCGUUUCAUAUUGAAUAUUAUUGGAAUGCACUUUUGGGACGUACUGGUGCGCCGUACGAAGUUCUUGAAUACCUGUAG